AUGACGCUUCCCGAGGUACCUGAUGGCAUGGACCUCUCGGCAACGACGGAGGAAGUCGGCCCAAGUAUUGUGGAUGAACUGAAGGACGUCGUCACCCUAGACUCGGAUCAAGAUAUGCUCAGCCAAGCAAACUCAGUCUUGCGGGAGGCCGAUGAGAUGCUGGCUGGAAUGCGGCAGCUGCGAGAGGAAGCAACUGGUGAGGGCGACUGA